AUGAGCCUCCCCAGACCCAGGCGGGGCGACCAGCUGCUGUUCCUGGGCAUCAUGGUCCUCGCGGUCCUGGCCCUCUGCCUGCUGUUCUACGCUCUCCUCUGGAAGGCGGGUGACCUCAUCAACCUGCCCAACCUGAGAAUCGGCUUCUACAACUUCUGCCUGUGGAACGAGAGCGCGGGCCGCCUGCAGUGCCACCAGCUCCCUGAGCUGGAGGCCCUUGGGCUGCCUCAGGGCGCCCUGGCCCUGGCCAGGCUCGGCGUGUACGGGGCCCUGGUGCUCACCCUCUUUGUCCCAAUGCCUCUGCUCCUGGCCCGCUGCAACAGGAGCGAGGGCGAGUGGCAUCUGGCCGUGUGCUUCCUGGCGAUGGCCUCCACGCUGCUGGCCGGGGGCCUGGGCCUCUUCCUCACCUACACCUGGAAGUGGGUCACGCCCUCCCUCCUGGGGCCUGGAUUCCUAGCUCUGGCCACUGCCCAGGCCUUGCUCGUCCUCUUGCUGAUGGCCACAGUCAUGUUCCCCCAAAGGGCUGAUGACAAGAGCAAGCUGGAGAGCUGCUAG